GAAAAAAACGAAAAAAGAGGAGGAAUUCUCGAAACGGCCCUUGGUGGGUAUAGCCUCCUCCUUUCUCAUCGUAUCGUAUCUUCAUUUUCUCUCAUUCACCAAAAAAACUCCGCUUAGCUCGCGGCGGCACACUACAGGCUAGCGUUACGACGAAGAAUCAACCUGCAAUUCACUCCCUCUCGUUUCAAUUUCUUAUUCGUUUCUUAAUCUGACAUUCUAAGGGCAUAAGACUUUAAACCAAUGGCAUCCAAGUUGGCUCAGUUACAAUCCAAGGCCACUCAAGCAUCACAAUUUGUGUUAAAAAAUGGGUGUUCUUACUACAAGCAAUUAUUGGAACAAAACAAGCAAUUUAUUCAGGAGCCACCUACAGUGGAGAAAUGCAACGAGCUCUCUAAGCAAUUGCUUUACACUCGCCUUGCAAGUAUUCCAGGUCGAUAUGAAGCGUUCCACAAGGAACUUGAUUACGUAAAACAAUUAUGGAAGAACAGACAAGAUCUGAAGGUGGAAGAUGCAGGCAUUGCUGCUUUAUUUGGUCUGGAGUGCUUUGCAUGGUUUUGUGCUGGUGAAAUUGUGGGAAGGGGUUUUACUUUCACUGGAUACUAUGUCUGAGGUUUUUUGCUUUGGGAUAACAUGGCUUCUAGUGUUCAUUCUUAAGCUCGGUUUCCAGCAUCGUUUCCGCUGUCGUUUGUACCACUCGAAUUACUUGAAUUCUGCAUGAAAUUUUGUUGCUUUCCUGCAAAAAUUUUUAGAAGCUUAGUAUUUGGUGAGGAAAUCAGUUGAUUACUUAUAAUAAUCCAUGUUCCAAAAUGACUUGGAUGGAUAAUGAUGCUGUUGCUUUAUUUAAUCUCCCGCAAAGUUUCUAGAAUCAUUUUAUAACUUUCAAUUGAUUUCAUGUCAAUAACCUCUCUUGUUUU